ACCGAGAGCAAUCUCCGGUGCCUGUGGAGCUGGACUGCAAGGGCUUGCCGCCUUGAUCCGGUACGAAUGACACGUCAACCACUUCCGCGCCUUAUGAACAGCGUUUCUUAUGCGCAUGGACUGCGGACACGGACUCAUGGAGAUCUAUAUGAUCGAGGGCAAUUCCACCCUUGGAAUCUUAACCAUUCAAGCUAGACUAUGCCGUGUCGAUAGUUUAUGCUUCUCGAAAGAUCCACAGGGGCUGCUGCUUUGGAUGCCAGCAAUGUCACCUUACUAUCCGAUACUCUCGCUUUCUUCAUGUGUGUUUGGAAGCAUAGGAUAUACUCCAGUAUUUCUCAUUUGCAAUAUCUGUUUCCGGACGAGUUUGUUGCUCGCAGAAUCUACGACUGCAAUCAUCUCGCAGACCUCUCCCUUGGCAGGUUCGCCAAAGCGCCGCAUACCUCCAAGGAAAGGUGAAAGAUCAGACAUAGCAGGUACUGGUACUCGAAGAGGCACGCCGACGGGUAGCGCAAACGAACCCCGCUUGCCUAGCUACUCCUGCUUCGCCCGUUGAGCCCGUGGCUUUUAGGUCGUGGGCUGUUCUAGCCUCCAUUUUCUUUUUCAUCUUCGCCACCAUCCAUAUCGAUCGUUGUUGCUUCCUGAAUAUCCUUCACCUCUUCACGAUUCUACGAACAGAUGUUUCAACUAUACCCCUGGCCAUUCGUUGAAUUCUCAUUCCUCUUAGCUUUCCACUCUUCAGGGAUCAUCGUAUAUCUGCAUGUUUUGUGUCAACCUCAGGCUUUGUUUUAUCAUUUGAUUGUCUGCCUUAGACGAACA